AAGACAUACCCUGAGGUCAACUUUCUAAAUUACAAGGAUAGAAAGAAGAUUCUAGUGACGGGAGGAGCGGGAUUUGUGGGAUCGCACCUGGUGGAUAAGUUGAUGUUGCAGGGACACGAGAUUACUGUCAUGGAUAACUUUUUUACCGGUCGAAAGAGAAAUGUGGAGCACUGGAUAGGACAUGAGAAUUUUGAACUGUUGAAUCACGAUGUUGUUGAACCUUUGUAUAUUGAAGUUGAUGAGAUUUACCACCUGGCCUCUCCAGCCUCUCCUCCCCACUACAUGUUCAACCCCAUCAAAACCAUCAAGACAAACACAAUUGGAACCAUUAACAUGCUUGGAUUGGCCAAGCGUGUAAAAGCCAAAAUCUUAUUUGCCUCUACGUCUGAAGUGUAUGGCGACCCCGAGAAACACCCACAGGAUGAAGGUUAUUGGGGGCACGUUAACCCCAUAGGGCCGAGGGCAUGCUAUGAUGAGGCCAAGAGGGUUGCUGAGACUAUGUGCUAUGCAUAUCAGAAGCAGGAGAAUGUUGACGUCAGAGUGGCUCGCAUCUUCAACACGUACGGACCGCGUAUGCACAUGAACGACGGAAGGGUCGUCAGUAACUUCAUACUACAGGCUCUCCAAGGAAUUCCAAUGACUGUGUAUGGCAGCGGCGAACAGACGCGGUCCUUCCAGUAUGUAACAGACCUCGUAGAUGGUUUGGUGGCCCUGAUGGCCAGCAACUACACCAAGCCUACUAACAUUGGCAAUCCAGACGAGCAUAGGAUCAUCGAGUUUGCUACUAUUAUCAAGAAUCUUCUGGGUGGUUCGAGUGAAAUAGUGAAUAAGCCCCCAGUAGAAGAUGAUCCACAGAAGAGGAAACCAGACAUUACGACUGCCAAAAAGCACAUACACUGGCAACCAAAAGUUCCUUUGAUGGUUGGGAUCAACAAGACGAUCGAGUACUUCCGGAGCGAGCUGAGGAGGAGCAAGCACAGUGAAAGAAACAUCUGGAAACCAGAGUAUCUCUGA